CUGAGAUCCAAGCUGGCUCCGGGCGUAAGAUUUACAUACCUCCGCCCUGCCACUUUGGACCUCAAAAUUUUUUAGAUUGCUGAACAAUGCCCUACCUAGUAGACACGCAAGUCGCCAAAUUCAUCCGGCUCAUCGAGAGCAAGUACCUGUGCACUGACACGGAGCUGCGGCCAGUCGAUAUUGCGCGCAAAGUCCAGUAUCUGACCCUUGACGUGAUUUCGACCAUUGCGUUCGGGGCAGGAGUCGCUGCCGCUCAUGCAGAUGAUUGCUCUGCUGCCCGGGUUGCAUCGCCAAAGAAGUCGUCGCAGAGCGAUAUGGACCAAAAUAAAAUCACCAAGCCGGACAUGCUGGGCUCGUUUGUUGCCCACGGCCUUAGCCAGAGGGAUGCGGAAGCAGAAUCCCUGGUCCAGAUCGUCGCCGGCUCCGACACAACCGCCACAACCCUCCGCAUCGCCCUCCUCCUCCUCACAACCUCCCCCAAAACCUACACAACCCUCGCCUCCGAAAUCGACAGAGCCAUCUCCCAAUCUCGCAUCUCCUCCCCAGUCACUGACGCCGAAGCCCGUGCCCUUCCGUACCUGCAAGCAUGCAUUAAGGAGUGCUUCCGUUUCUGGCCCCCGAUCACAGGCAUCAUGCCGCGCAUCUGUCCGCGAGAGGCCAUGGUGUGCGAAGUGUUUGGUGGGGACGCGGAGGUGUUUUCGCCUGGCCGGUGGCUGGAGAGGAGGGAGUUCUCUCAGGAUGAGAGUAAUGGGGAAAGGGAGGCGGAGAGGGUGAACGUGAAUCGGAUGGAGAGGACGGUGGAGCUGGUGUUUGGGCAGGGGAAAUGGGGGUGUUUGGGAAAGCCAAUCUCGCUGCUGGAGAUUAACAAGGUGCUUGUUGAGCUACUCCGCCGCUUCGACUUCGCCAUCCUCAACCCCGCGCAUCCGAUGGAUACGUUCAACUAUGGCGUGUCCAUGCAGAAAAAAUUUGUAUAUGAAGAUAUCACGGCGGAUGUUUGUUCCUCAGCUGAGUCCCUUGGGGGUUGUGGUUUGGGGGGUCAUAUAUUUAUAUCUAUAUAA